ACGGUAUGGGACACCUGUCGUACGGGUCAACACACACAUACACACAUACACUCGUUGUUUUGAUUUGUUCAGCUGAUCUGGCCACAUGCGAUAUAUCAUUUUUUGAACAUUUUAUGAAAUAGCGAUAUUUUUCAUGAGCACAAGCAACCAUUUCCUUUCACAUUCUUCGUGUUUUCAACGACGUCCGCGUUUAUAUUUCGCUUCCAAAUGACCUCGGGCUGUUUCAUUUUGUUAAACUGGUUUGCCCUUCAUCAUCAUGCAGGAUUUUCUAAGCCUAGGAAUUGGAUAACAGACCAAUAUUUAUAUGAUGGAUCCCUCAGGUGGAAACCGUAAUGUCAUGCCCAAUGAUACCGGGCUUUAUAAUCAGCAGACUGCCAUGGCAAGUUCUGGGAUGUACAAUCCGAUGAUGAUGGGCGGUUACAAUUCAAGUUCUGGAUCUGUGGAGGGAUUAACUGUGCAAUGUGAUAUGGUGAAUUCACAAGUGAAUGUUUUACCACCGAUGGGGACAUUUAUUGGACAGACUAACUAUUCAAACUGUCUGACAAUGCAGGGCCAGCAAUCUCCACAUCUCACUAGACUAGGGAUGCAAAAUUUGUCACCGUACCCAAACAUGGCACAAAAUGUUUGUGUGCCUUCAAAUAACACGCUCCCUAGUUUCGGCCAUUGUUUUUUAACCCCAUCAUUCAAUCAACAGCAAGCUCUGUUUGCUGGAAAUGCUAACCAAGGUGAUAGAGUGUCGAGCGGAUUUCAUGUCAUAUCAAACCAGAUGCCAGGCAUGGGAGUGACUGUAUCAUCAGCUACAAACCCAAUGCACACAUCUAACGCUCCCAUUAUAAACUCUAGUGCUUUUAUUCCCAAAACCUCUGUUUAUGAAAAUGUUUGUGCUCCGUUUUCUAGUUCAGAGAGGCUGCUUAGUCAACACGCUGAUGUUUUUAAUGUGAUCUCAAGUAUACCACAGAAAAUAAUUCUUCAGCAACACAAAUCUCAGGAGUUAGUGGAAGAAAACGUAGUGUCCUCCACACACGAAAGUGUGACAUCACCUGUUGCACAUGCUCUUCCUGCAGGGGAUGCUGUUCCGCAAAACCAGAUCGACGUGAACAAAGUACUUCAUCAUUCAAAUGUGAAUGUAAAACAAAACAAAGGAGAGAUUCUGGUUCCAAAACAGGUGACGAUGGGGAGUGUUGACCCCCCAAAAAAGGAAUCUACUUCAGUUCCAAAAUCGGAAAGUCCAAAAUUUAUGAAAGAAGAAACUCUUUCACAAAUCAUUGUCCCUUUGGGAUGGAGUAGAGAGAAAAAAGAUGGUGCUAUUGUAUAUUACAGUCCAAGUAAUGUGCCAUUGUGUUCAAUAGAGGAGGUCAACCAAUACUUGCUGUCUGAUUCAACUUGUAAGUGUGGGCUGGAAUGUCCUGUGGUGGUUAGUAAAACAUUCAACUUUGACGUUUCCGUGGAAUCAACAAAAUGGAGUCUGGAACUGACAAAGUCUUCAGAGGACCUGACAAAUCUCUGUAACCAUCGACGUAAAAUCAUCAACAUGGCUACAUUACAGAGCUCCGCCCUCACAGUGACAGAGGAGCCAGGGGGAGGGGUUGUCGUGAGCUCCAAGUCUACAGACAAAAGUAAAACAAAGAAAAAGAGGAGUAGGGCUGGGAGCUAUAGUUCUCCGUAUGAUAGGGUUCGCGUAGCAGACCUUAUUGCAGAAAGGGAUCGACUUCGGUUGGAAGAGGAAACUCUAGCCAGACAGGCAUCAAAAGACCACAUGGACAAGCCAGUUAUGUCCUCUGUUGAAAUCCAGUCCUCAACAGACCAUGUGAAAACGCCACCAUCCAGUGCACCCCGGACAGGUCUGAUGUCUCCGCCUCUACCACCACCAAGUGUUGUUCAACCUCUUCUCCAGACCGUUUCAGAAGCUCCUCACGUUUACACGCAGCAAUUCUCCUCCAUGCACUCAGCAGGAAUGAUACCUAGCUCCUACCCUCAAAAUAUAGCAGAUGCUAUCAAUGCUGCCAGAAACAGUCAUGUUGGGUUAACGGCCCAGUCUCAAACAUUCUUCCCUACAGACAGUGUUCAUCCCCAUCAAGCUGUAAAUCUCCCUCCAUUAGGAAGCCCGACCAUGGGACCCCAGAGUUUCAGCUUGUUUCCUCAAACCGGUGGUUUUGGGGUGCCUCCUGGAUACCUGGAAAAGAGAGGUAACUCCUCCUAUCCCAUGCCCUACACCAAACCUUCCAUGUACAGAUUCACAAACCCUGCACUAUCAGACCUCAUAGACCCAAUAUCAUGGUCAGAAAAAAAGAAACCAAAAUCUAAAAAACCAAGGGCGAAAAAAGAAAAAAAGAAAACUGUCUCUGUUUUUGAAAGUGAUACUCCACCGCCUAAUGUGGAUGUUAGUGUGCUCAAAGAUCACGGGCAUGGGCCCAUACCCAAGGUAAAAUGUUCUACUCCUUCCAGUCAGUUUGUGGAAAAUGCGACAGGGUAUUUAGCUGACCAAGCUCUUAUGAUCAAGAGUUCUUUAGCCUCUGGUUCUCAGGAUUCAAAAGAAAAUCCAAGCACAUCCCAGGUGUCCUAUUCUUUACCAACUUCAUCCAGUUAUGGAACUGCUAAUGACAAUCUUGACAUCAGUACCAAUGUGGUGGUUCACACCUCUCAGCCCGAUAGGCCUGACCUGAGUAUCUCGAUAUCGGACACAACCAUGAGAGCUUUGUCCAUGAGUGAUAACACUUUCACUGAAGACCGAUGCCAUUCUUUAUCUCCUAGUGAUUCUAACGGAGAAUGUCCAGCAGAAACCAUGAUGCCCACAUCUAUCGUUCAUCAUACUGGAAAACCAGAAGUUCCGAAAGUGGAAAUCAAAGUCUCGGACAGCAUAAAGCUGACAGAUGUAGCCCAUGUUGCAACAAUACCAAUGCAAACACUGAACACUGUCAAUUCUAAACAGAGUGAUGGUGCAGUGUUACCAAACUUCAGCACAAUUCAACAAUUGUUAGGGUACAAUAUGUCAAAUCAGUUUCCUGCCAGUAAGAUGUUGUCUGCUGCAGCACGGGCUCAAAUGGCACAGAAGACAACGGUAGAACCAACGGAACUCAGCAACGUUCAAGUUACUCAGCAGUUGCUGACAUCGUUUCAGAAAAACUUUCUGGAUAAAUCUGGCAGCAAUGUUGGCAUCAUAGCAAAUGAGCAAGAUGCUCUAAAAUUUCUUGGACAGAAAGCUACAUUGGUCUCUUCAAGUGCAUCAGGAAUUUUACCAGCAUCUCAACAGAGUGGCUCAAAUUCCAGUGGAUUAAAGAUAUCAACAAGUACAGCUCCCACAUUUUCAAUCAAUUCACAAAUACCCAGUGUUUUGUUGCAAUCAGGAUCUCAACAACAAAUCGGCACAGAAGUUUCAAAUGUUCUCACUGUCUUGAAUAACAGUCAGCAAAUGCCACAGAUCCUGAGUUCUAGUGGUGCACCUCUGCUAAGCACUGCCACACCUACCACACCUGUUAUGACUACACAGCUAAUAUCUCAGCAGCCUGCAGUGGCUAGUUCUCAGUCACCUCAUAUUUCAGGAUCACAGGCAAACUUGAUCCAAACUCAGAGUGCCCAGAUUGCGACCACCCAGCAAGCCCCAAUUAUUUAUACACAGGCCACUUCCAUCUUGAGCACACAGACCACUCCCAUUAUGCACACACAAGCAACGCCAAUUAUUAACACUCAAGCAACGCCAAUUAUGAACACUCAGAAUUCACAGUUUCUAUCUGCUGUUGGAAAUAUUAAUCAAAAUGCUGUUAUGUUUUCUAAUCCAGCUUUGAAUUGUGCUCAGAACAGUUCCAUGUUUAACCAAGUGAUGAAUCCAUCAUCUUUGAUGGUGCCAGGGAAUCUUGCAUAUGCACCAGAUCAAUGCAUGCCUGGUAAUUUUAAUCUCGGUGGAGUUGGGAAUCAACAGAUAGUUGGAAAUAACUCUAACGUUUGCAUUAAACCUUUAGGUCAAUUCAUCAACAUGGAUGCCAACCAGAUCAAGCAGGGAUUACCACCUCACUCCUGUGAUCUUGCUCAGAGCAACCUGCAGUCAGGAAUACCUAACCCAACAGGUCAACUGUUGGUGCUACCCAACCUCCAAAUGCCUUUGGUCCAGGUGUUCAACAAUGGUCAGAAGAAUGGUGCACCUGAUAUCAAUUCUCUUCUGUCUCAGCUUCAGACAAACAUUGCACCAAUGUUAAAUGCCCAACAGGUUUGGAACAAUCUCACAACUGGCAGUAACUUGACAGCCAUGCAGUUGCAGACCUUGCAAUUGCAACAGCAACUUUUGCAACAGAUUCAACAACUCCAGGGCAUGCAGUCCCUUAUCAACCAGUUUAGUGCUGGUGAUAUAAAUAAGGUUCCUGCCCAGUUCUCUAUGGAGAUGGACAGAAAAGACAGCAAUGCUUUGUCUAUGGUCACAAUGGUCAAUGAUGUCUCCACAACGACAGAGUCACCUCCCUUGCAGAGUCAGGAGAAUGACGAGGAAUCAAGUAUGGAACUGAGUUCAGAGGUCACCAGUACCCAUGCUGGAAAUACAGAUUCUGAAAUAGCGGACAGCACCAGGGAAGAAGAUUCAAAGAACCUGACGGUUGAAAACAGGAGGACUGAAGAUGAAAUGGAUGUGGAUGCUGAAAUACCUACUGAGAGGGAGUCUGAAGAUGAACAAGUGAUGUCCAAUGAUCUGGAGGUAAAUGAAGAAAUGAGGAGUUACAAUACCCAGCAUUCCAAUGAAGAACAAGAAAACUGCUGUGUUUCCCAGGGUCCAGUCCAUGACUAUGAUGGUGAAAAUUUAUCUCAAGAAUGCUCCGAAGAUGACACAAGAAUUAAUAGUAGCACUCAGACUAAGGUGGAAAAAGAUUGUGACACUAGCACAGACACCAAAUGUCAUGAUAAAGAGGAAGCUCAGAGUGACAAGAAGGCCACCACUGAGGAAGAGUGUUUGCACUUGAAAAUGUGUGAUGGAGAUAGUGAAAGCAAGAUCUCAAGUCUUCAGAAAGGAAAAACUAUUAGAAGAGAUGAUAGUGUGUGUGUACCAGACUCGAGUCAGAGCAAGGAGAACAGUGGUAGUCCAAUUUGUGAUGUUCCUGUGGUGACCAGCAGUACCAAACAUUCCAACAACACAACAGAACUGGGAACCAAAUCUCUGACAGAAGAUUUUACAGCAGAUUCUUCUGUGGUUAAAGGAGUCAAUGGAGGGGUGACCUUCAUUGAAGGUGACCUGAUUUGGGGGCAGAUUAGGGGCUUUCCUUCCUGGCCUGGUAAAGUGGUGCCACCUUGCGAGGUCAUUGACCCAGAGCCAUUGGAGAUGGGGAAGAUCUGGGUGAAGUGGUACGGAGACCAUACCUUUACACAGGUGGAGCAGGACAAGUUGAAGUCCCUGGUGGACGGACUGAAGGCCCAUCAAAGGCAGAGGAACAGGAAAGGAAGAAAAAUGAACUCAAAUCUUGAGGCUGCAAUACAAGAAGCAUUGGCAGACUUGGGUCAAAUUACCACAAGCAACAUAAAUAGCAAGGGAAAAUCAAGCAAAAAGAAACGAGUCAGAUAGCAGAGAAAAACAUCGGGAUCCAGAGCGUUAUAAUGUGUGUACAACACAGCAGCUCUGUAUUAUGAGAAAUCUUUAUUGAUAAGAAUUCAAAAUCUUUCAAUUGUUGUAAGGUAUUGGGAAGAUAUGUUAACUCUUUUUUUGCAUUUUGCAAAACCAAGGGAAAGAACUCUUCAUGUUUGUUUUGGAGGGAUUAAGUGUUCAGAUUUUUUUUACUGAAUCCUUGUUUCUGUAUUAACUCCUUUCUUUUCUAUGCACAUUGGAUAAUUCAUGUACAAAUGUUGUACUGAUGCCAAAAUGUUAUUUUUUUGAAAAUGUUAGUUUUUGAUGACGUUCUUGAUGAAACUGCAUAAUAUGCUCCUCAAUAUGUACUCGACAUGCAAUGUCAUUUUUCUACUUGCAUAUCAUCCCUAGUCUUUGAUGUAUUUCCAGCCAUACAAAUCAGUACAUUAAAAUAAGACAUACACACUCCAUGCGUAUAGAUUAUGGAGUGAAAAAAAGUAUGUUGGGUGUAAAUAGAAAUGACGAUUUGUUGUGGUACUUGGGGAAAUUGUUUCAACUGCUACGAAACGUUUGAUUGGCUGGAGACAAAAUAGAUCUGGAAUAAUCUAGGUCCUUGACCACUGGCUGUGAUAUGUCUGUAAAAAUGGCUGUGUACAGAAAAAAAAUAUGAGAUAUAUUUUGCAUAUGUUAGUUAUAUUGCAAGGUGUGGUAUAUAAUACAGCAGAGCUUGUGGUUUUCAUCUGUCUUGUUUUAAUCGUUUUGUGUUUUAAUGUAAUGUUUUAAACUAGGGAACAAAGGGUAAUAAAAUAGAAAGCCUUCAGAAAGAGCCAACAGAAAGAGUAACUAGACUUUGCAGUUUUGUAUUAUUUGACAAUUUUCAUUCAAUGACUGUAUGAAACGAUAAAUCUCAGCAGCAUUUGAUAGGAGAAACUUCUUUUUAUGUUCAUGUUUUUGUUUUUUUGUUUUUUUUUUGUAUUCAUUACUGGGAGUAACACAUUUUAGUGCUACUUUUAUAUGUGCCAUGCCUAUUAAAUAUCACCUAUAUCUAUAAUUAUACAAGUGUUGUACAAGUGCUUAAUAUAUUUACAUUUCAAGCAGGGAUCCUUGUGUUGAUCAUAGGGGUAGACUGAUCAUCAAUUCAUUUCUGUUUUGACAGUUUUUCUUGUAGCGUUAUUUUUCCCUUCUAUUUUUAUUGUUAGUGAUUAUUGUUUUUGUUAUCUUUUCUGAUAAUUUUUUUUUUCUCUUUUGAAAUUUAAAUAAAAUUGAAAAAAAGAUAAUUGGAUGAGGAGAGGGUUGGGAAAGAGGAAUGUGUACUUAAGAUUAUAUUAAAAAAAUCAACAGAAGUCGGAACUACAGCAAUCAUUUUCUUGUUUCAUGAAAUGAUAACUCUUCUUCGCUUAUUCAAAUUUUUUUUUUUUUUUAUAUUUCUCUUUGUAGGUAUUGCAUUUUAAAACCCUUUUUAAAGAUGUAUAAGAAAUAGUUUUGCAGCAUUAAAUGCAGGACAUUUUAUCAUUCAUGACAUUUAUUUGUAGAUCAGUUAUUAUCAGUGUGCAAUGAACUAAAAGAUUCCAUAUGUCAUUUGUUAUGGAAAAUUCAUGUACAUAAAUAUGCAUGUACAUCAAAACAGUAGUUUCUUUUUCUCGUUUUGAAUGUUAAGAAUUUAAAGGUACACCAAAUGAUGUGCUGUACUUUAUUUUUGAAAAUAGGAUUUUUUUUUCUUGAAUUCUAUAUGCUAGCAAAAACAUGCACCGAGUUUUUUAGUUUAUAAGUCUACAAGAUAGAGUCAUUUAUUUGUUUUAUUAUGCUUUUAUUUGUUAAGGUAUGGGAAGUAAGGUGGUCAUUUCUGUUUAAAAUAAAUAUAUAUAUAUAUGUUAGAUAUAUAGAUAAAAUAUAAAUGUAAUAUACAAUGUACACACAAAAAAGUGUCUCAGGAAGGCCCCAGCUGAUUACAAGUUUGUUGACUGUUGCCAUGGUUACCAUUUGUUGUGGGUGGGGCAGACUCCUGAAUCUGAUUGGGUGUGUCGCAAAGUUACAAGGAAGUGCUUAUGUUGUUGAUAGAAGUAAAAACGUUAAAGAAAUGUACAUUUUAAAGGUUUGUGCAAAUUUUACUUUUUAGCCUAUUAAAUAAAAUCAUUAAUAUAU